UUAUUUUGUGUGAAACGUAACAUGAUAACUUUAUUGUUGGUUGCUAUUUUGACUAUUGAUUCCUUCAAUGCAUAUUACUACAAGGCUCCAUAUUUGAGAGAUGGUGUUAAGGAAGAAAAUGCAUUCAAUUUGUCAACAUCAUUUUUUCCGCACUUACGAAACUAUAGAGUGCGUGGUACAGUAGCGUACGAAGCAAAUUAUCCGUGGAUAGCGAGUGUGGUGCAUUCCGUUAAUAAAACUGUACCAUACUUGUGUACAGCCGUUUGUAUAGACGAAAAUAUAUUUAUAAGUGCGGCCAGAUGCGUUUAUAAACUAAAGGUGGCUUUUACGAGUGUAAUGUAUAAUCACCAACGUCUGAGAGUUAAAGCGCUAGUGAUGCCGUCGCAUUGGAGUAAACAGCUGUACGAUAAUAUCGGUUUCAUUGUCACCACUGGGGCGGUGAAGAAAUGGCAGACGAUACCACCCAUAGAAAAAGAGAGAACUGACCAUUCUUUCAAGUGGUUUAACGAACUGAAAUUUGAGGAAUUCGAUAAUAAAGUUGUUGGAUACGCCUUCACAAAGUCAUUAGAAAAUAUACCGAUUUGGUUACGCACCAUAGAUUUGGUAGAAUUGGAUGUAGCGGUUGGGUUGGAUUUAUGUCAUAAAAUUUUAUCAUACAAUAAUUUAAUAAACGCCUUCGAAGUGCCGUGCUACCAUUCCUGUACGUUUGCUAUGUUCGAAGCGGGCAACGAGCUGUGCAAAAAAUAUCAUGGCGUCGAGGGGGGCGCUUUAAUAAAUAAGCGUAGUAAUAUUUUAUUAGGUAUAGCGACAUGGGGUGCUUAUUUCAAAGAUUACGAGUUACCUGUCGGUUUUUCCGUUCCAAACUCUCAUAGCUUCCAAAACGACUACGAAUGCGCUCAGAAAAUAAGAAAUUACACUGGCAUGGCUGGUAUGGGAACUUACCCUGCUUUGUGCAGCGAUUCACCAGAAAGUUGGAGUCGUGCUGAAGAAGACAGUAAAGAUGAUGGGGUUCAGUGAAAUAAUAAUUUUAAUUGAGAUAAAUAUAACUUCAGUAAAGUCAUUGCAAAUGUAAUAAAAGAUAAAAAAAAACUUUCAUACCUAUUCAAAAAUUUACGACCAACACUGUAGAUAAAAUAAGAGAAUAUAUUAGAGACAAUUUUUUUAUACGAAUCAUAAAAUUAUUGGGAAAUAAUUAAGGACAAAAAUAGAGUUUAUUUUAAAAAAAAAAUAUAUAUGAAUCGGUAAUUUAAGAA